AUGGCGGCCUCUCAGCGGCAGUGGAUCGAAGAAAAGGAGCGUGAACUUAUAUCUUUUUACACUGCAUUGGUGCCGAAACCCGGGAAACCUGAGAAACCAACAGAAACCAAAAGUCCUGAAAAGUUUACAGGCAUAAAAAAGAAAAAUUUAAAAGCUCGACUGAUCAUCAGAAAUCUCAGUUUUAAGUGUGAAGAAGAUGAUUUGAAGAAGAUCUUCUCCAAGUUUGGAACCGUGCUUGAGGCCAACAUUCCCUUAAAACCAGAUGGGAAGAAGCGAGGUUUUGCAUUUGUGCAGUUUAAGUGCAUGUCAGAAGCUGGAAAAGCUCUCGCUGCAAUGAACCUGAAGGAGAUCAAAGACAGAAAGGUGGCUGUGGAUUGGGCUAUUGCAAAGGACAAGUAUCAAGCUACCCAAUCAGCGGCUGGAACUAUCAAAGAAGAGAAUGUGAAUUCUGAAGGUGCAGGAGCUGAUGGGAAUGAAGGUGCCAAGAAAAAGUCUGUAUCGCAAGAAGAGAAGGAUGACUCCGAGUCAGAGGAAGAGGACGCUUCAGAGGAUGAUGACGACGACGACAGUGCAGAAAAUGAAUCUCAGCAUACAGAUAGUGAUGCCAGCGAACCUGAUGAUGAUGAUGACGAUGAUUACGACGAUGACGACGAUUACGACAAUGAGGGAAAAACUCUUCCAAAGAAGAAGAGAGACCCUCUUCCUUCAGAUGUGAAUGAAGGAAGAACCAUCUUCAUCAGAAAUCUGUCCUUUGACACAGAUGAAGAGGGUUUGGAGGAAACUUUGUUGCAGUUUGGCGAGCUAAAAUGUGUACGUGUGGUGAUGAACGCAGACACAGGAUAUUCAAAAGGUUGUGCUUUUGCUCAGUUCAAAAGUAAAGAAGCGGCAGAGAAAUGUAUUGCUGCUGCUGCUCAAGAUGAAAAAGAGUUUGGUGGCAUUAAGGUUGAUGGCAGGAGAUUGUACAUUUUGCCUGCUGUAAACAGAGAAGAUGCUUCAAAUUUAAAGGACAAGAAAGUGAAAACUCACACGGGCACCAGGAACCUUUACCUCGCCAGAGAGGGCUUGAUUCGUCCUGGAUCCAAGGCUGCAGAGGGAGUUUCAGAAACUGACAUGGCCAAGAGAACAAGAUUUGAGGAGCUGAAAAGGGCAAAGUUAAAGGACGUUAAUGUGUAUGUGUCUAAAACACGGCUGUGUGUGCAUAACCUGCCUAAGAGCGUCCAUCAGCCUAAAUUUCGCAAGCUCUGCCUUGCCGCCGCUGGUGGUAAAGGCGUCCGCAUCACUGAGUGCCGUGUGAUGUAUGACAAGAAGCCUAUUCGGGGUCAGGUGGUCGGUCAAUCUCUAGGAUAUGGCUUUGUGGAGUUUAAAGAGCAUGAACAGGCUCUACAAGCACUACGUCACCUCAACAACAACCCAGACAUCUUUGGACCUCAAAAGAGACCCAUAGUGGAGUUCUCUCUGGAGGAUGGUAAGAAGCUGAAACUUAAAGCCAUUCGUCUGGAAAACAGCAAGAAGCGACUUAAACAAGUCAGUAGCCAAACAGAAGGGCAGCCGCUACAUCCUUCAGGAAAAAUGAAAGGUCCCUUGCAGAAAGGAAAUGCAGCUAGUGUUGAUAAACAGGAGAAGGCACAAGGAAGCCAGUACACUGGGUUUAUGACCAAACCAGAGGUGGAGCACGUAGAACUGAAGGAUGGCAAAAAACGGCAGAAGGUUCUUCACAUGCCUUCACAUAGAGGCCCAAAGAUCAGGAAACGAGAUAAAGGGAAACAACCCAUGGUGCAACCCAAGAAACCGAAGAAAGGGCCCAGCAGGAAAGAUAGAAAUAUGUCUACUUUCAUUGAGAAACGCAGCAUGAACAGUAAACAGAAUGGCAAACCUGCGAAGAGAAAGUUUCAGAACAGAGAGGAUGCUCGCUUUGACAGUUUGGUGGACCAGUACAAAAAGAAACUAAUGGGCAAAUCAAACACUAAGACUUUAGUCAAGAAGAGCAAAUGGUUCAGCUGAAUAUAUGAGAGAG